AUGCUGUGUUCCUCCUGCCACUCACAGAGUAAACCGGAGACAGAUAGGUACAACAUAAGGGGAGAUUCAUAUAAGACCAAAAAGACGACGUUCGAUAGGAAUGUGGAUGCUGAUGACACAGAGAUGAUGGAGUUUCCUGAUAGCGAGGAUGCUGAAGAAUCCUGUCAAGAGCCAGGAAGAGAUAUUACUAAGAUGGAAUCUGGAGAGAGUAAAGAAGAAUCCACCGAAAGACAGUAUGAUAUCCCUGAUACAAAUAGUGACGUUCUGAGCAACGAGCUAUCCUUGCAUAAGAACCAGAGACUUACACUUAAGGAAAACUCAUCUAUGAGGGGAAUAAUGAGGAAUAAUGAAAAUAAAUCAGAUGAUCUUAGAAAUCUUGUUUUGAAGAGCAAAGGGGCGAGUCUUACUCGUAGGUAUUGCCAGGAGAGUGGAAUGAGAACCCAAAGUGUGAACAGCAAGGGAACACUGAGAAAGUCAAAACAAGUCGGCAAGAACCCUACAUUGGUGGAGUAUGAGAUGAAGAGGUCAACUCCCAAUAACCAGAAUCUUGGGAGUAGAAAGGACAACUGUACUGGGAGGGAUAGCUUAGUACAUAGUAAAUCUACUAGGAGCAAUGGACCAUCACUGAGCCAGAGAGAACAGUCUUCUCUGAAGAGUGCACUUACAGGGAGUACUCAUGAAACUCUCACUUGGGAUAAUACUCAAGAGAAUAGAUUAAGGAGGCCCAAUAGAGACAAGGUCCACGAGCACAAGGUGGUAGCUCACAGGAAUUUAAAAGAGAGGAAGAUAUGGCCACUUGAGAAAGACUCUGGUGGACAGGAGAGCAAACUAAAGGAGUUGACUAUGAAUCAGCCAUUCAUCAGGAGCAAGUCUAAGAAGUUUAAUCAGAGGAAUGAUCAACUGAAGAAUAGAGUUCCCUGUAGACAGGAGUUACCAUUGAUGGAGGAAGCAAAUAUUGUUCCAGUUGAACGACCAUUGGCAGGACGUAUCAAUGAGCCUGUACCGAGAGAAGAUGCGCCAAGGAGUAAUAUAGAGACUCUAAUGCCAAUAAGAUACCAUUUAAGGAGUAGAAGGGUAGAAUACACUCAGACAAACGGAAUGUCUGGGAGAAGAGGAGGUUCCCAAAGGAGUGGAAGAGCAGAGCCUACUCGGAGAAGCAAGGUGUUUGGGAACACAUUAGUGGAGCCUAUAGUAGAGAAAGAGCAUGUUUCUAAAGAGACAGUCACUCCUCAACUCAUGGAAAUGAAACGCUCGCUGGAAAGGAUGAUACCAGUUUUAAAUACAUUUGGGUUAGAAUCAGGCCAUACAUCGGAGUCACGUAGAUGUUUGGAGGAGGUGUAUAGAAAGGCCAUCGAUGUGCUUGAGUUGAUAAUACUUCCUGAGGAAUGUGAAAACAACAAGAUCAAUGAGUAG